AUGGGAGCAAGCAGCAAUUCGAACCCAGUCGUCUCUGACAAGCACCAAAACUGGAGCAUCCGCCACGACAAGAAGUACUGCCUCGCCAUCGCCAACCUACUUGACGACCCCACUGCCAUCAUCAAUUGCGUCGAGAUCGUGCGACUCAACCACUCCACCGGCGUGAUCAGAGUCGAUCCUAACCUCUCCUUUGACCACCCCUACCCCCACCAAGGCCGCUUUCUUCCCCAACAAGGACUUCCAGCGUGCCGAUCUCCUUGUCAUCUCCAGCGACCCGCAUCCAACGGAUCAUCCCGCGUCGAACUCCGCUCCUCCCUCAACGGCAACGAGAACAAUGAUUUCUACUGGCCCCUCACCUCCUUCACCUGGAAUGAGGCCGAGCCCAAGAGCAUUAGCACCUCUACAAUUGACACCACCUGCACCAUCUAG